CUCGCACCCCGUGAAAAGGCUGCUUUCGAUUAUAGCGAAAAACUACGUGAACAAUUCAAGGAACAUCCGGAGAUUCGACGAAUAGCACGGCAUAGAAAUGUACCUAAGAGUAUCCUCCACGCCAGUCGUGAACAUACAGCAAUCAGAGCGGCAGAGUCGCGAAAAGAGUUCAAUAGACGGCGAGCUGAAGGCAUCAAAGACGAGGAUGUUGAGUUUGUACCGUUGGUCAAGAAAGCCAUGGUAAAGAAGAGCGCGGACCCAUUAUAA